GCUUCUCAGAGAUUGAAGCUUGUCUCACAGUCACAUAAGUAUUUAUACCAGUUACUCAGGACAUAGUUGAAGCCCUUUUGGCAGUGAUUCCGGCCUCCAGUCUUCUUGGGAUGAGGCCAUAAGGUUUACACACCUGGAUUUGGGGAUUUUCUGCCAUUCUUGUCUGUUGAUCCUCUCAGCUCUGUCAGGUUGGAUGGGGACAGUCGGUAGAAGCCAUUUUCAGGUCUCUCCAGAGAUGUUUUAUUGGGUUCGGGCUCUGGCUGGGCCACUCAAGGACAUUUGUUGUCGCUAAGUCGCGCCACUGUUAUGGCUGUGAACAUUGCUGACCAAUUGUAAACUUUCAUUGUGCCAAUGAAGGAAAAGUAUACGUAUUACAGCUCCUCUUUCACCGAAGAAGACCCCUCUAUCUUCCAGGAUAGGAAUCUGUAGACGGGGUUGUAUAAACAAGACAUCUGCUUAUAGGGUCAACAUUGGAAUUAUUGUGUGACAUUUAUACUUUCCCAUACGGAUGGAAUAUUAGAGCGAUCCAUCUUUUUCAGGUAUUACAGCUUCUUCUAUGCUUCAUUGAUGUGAUUAAUGUCCAUUUCUUUGUUUCAGGGAACAUGGAAUUGGCAGUCAGCGUAAAUCAGACCAUAGCCACCAUCUUCAUAAUCGUAGGCUUUGAGACUAUACGUUAUAAGGAACUCUCCCUCUUCUCCCUUUUCUUGAGUAUGUACAUGUUAACGUUGGGGGCUCACUUUCUGAUUAUCACUCUUGUACUUCUGGAAUACCAUCUUCACAAGCCAAUGUACUUCUUGUUGGCCAAUUUCUCCUUGGUAGAAGUCCUAUAUACCACGGUGACUGUACCUAAGAUGCUUGAUGUCCUUUUGAGCAGGAACAAAGAGAUUUUCCCAUCUUCUUGUCUCACUCAGUUUUAUUUUUUCUUUGCUUUUGGGGCAGCAGAGAAUUGCUGUCUGGUAGUCAUGGGCUAUGACCGGUAUGUAGCCAUCUGUAAACCACUUCACUACUCAACAUUGAUGACUAAAAGGAUGUCUAUAGGAUUGGCAUGUGGACCAUGGGUUGUGGGCUUCAUAACCGCUGCUUGCCCUGCUCUAUGGAUCUCCACCCUCAGCUUUUGCUUCCCAAACUAUAUUGACCAUUUCUUCUGUGACUAUUCUCCUCUUUUGCAGCUAUCGUGUGAAGAUACAUCGAGGGGAGAGUUCACUUUCUCUGUGAUCUCCUACAGUCUGACUCUCGGUUGCUUCUCUCUUAUUUUAGUCUCGUAUUCUUUCAUCAUUUGGUCUGUUCUUAAGAUUCCAUCUGUAGAAGGGCAGAAUAAAGCCUUCAGCACCUGCGCGUCCCACCUCACCGUAGUAUUAAUAUUUAACGGCACAAUAAUCUUCAUGUACAUACGUCCCAACUCACACGUCAGAUUCACACUAGACAAAGUGGUGUCAAUUUUCUACUGUGUGGUGACACCAGUCAUGAACCCCAUGAUAUACUGUCUGAGGAACAAAGAAGUCAAGGAGGCCCUCAGAAAAACUUUUCAAAGAGUGAAAAAGUCUGGGUCAUAG